GCAGCUGCUUGGGACUACGAGUACCGGCGUGCACUGCUCUGCGCAUGACAACCAGGCUCCAGAGUCCGGCGCUGCAGACUGAGAGGUCCUGAGGCGGUUGCCAUGGAGCCGGCCUGGCGACAGCAGGGAAGGGGGCGUGGCCGGAGUCAGGAGGGUCCGGGUGAAAGGUCACGGCCCCCACCACAGAAGGAGAGAGAGAGACCCGGGGGGGCGGCUGCAGGAGCCUGGGGGGCCGGACGAGGAGGGAGGACGAAGACCGCCACCGCAGAACCUCCACACGGUGUGUCGGUCCAGUCCAAGUUUGAGGAGAUCAGGAAGUCCAACCAGGCUGCUGCUCAGCGAUUGGUCGAGAGCCGUAUCAGCUCCUCCUCCUCUGAGGAUGAUGAUGAUGAUGAUGAUGAUGAUGAUGAAGAGGAGGAUGGAGUCCUGGACCAUAAGGAUGGAAAGAGAGGGAAGAUCCUGGCGUCCACCUUCACCACCUACACCGACCAGACAGGUGGUGAUGUCACAGGUCUGGUUAGGACUGGUCAGUAUGUCAGUGAGCUGUUUCAGUCUGGAGCUCUCACCUGUCUGAUCUGCAUCGCCUCCGUCAAGAGGACGCAGGCGGUGUGGAGCUGCUCCAGCUGUUUCUCUCUCUUCCACCUCCCCUGUAUUCAGAAGUGGGCCCGAGACUCGGCCUUCCUCGUCUCCUCGGUCACUGAUGAAGACUUUGGUCAGAAGCAGCAUCCCUGGCCCUGUCCAAAGUGUCGAGCAGAGUAUCCGCCCAGCGCCACGCCCAACAGGUACAUGUGUUUCUGUGGGAAGCUGCAGGACCCUCCAGCUGAUCCCUGGUUGGCUCCUCACUCCUGCGGCUCCGUCUGUCAGAAGGAGCUCAAACCCACCUGUGGACACACCUGUCUGCUGCUCUGUCACCCCGGUCCCUGUCCUCCGUGUCCAAAGAUGGUGGCAGUUUCCUGCAUGUGCGGCAAAGCUAAGCCCCUCCCCCGUCGCUGUAGCAACAAGGCCUGGUCGUGUCAGCAGCAGUGCAGCAAGUUGUUACCCUGCAAGCAGCACACCUGUACACAGCCCUGUCACACAGAGUGUUCUCCCUGUCCCCGAGUCAGCGUUCAGAGGUGUGUGUGUGGUCGAGAGACGGCAGAGAGACCCUGCGCCAGCCCUCAGUGGAACUGUCAGCAGGUAUGCGGCUCUCUGCUCUCCUGUGGGAAUCACACCUGUGAGGUUGUGUGUCACGAUGGAGUUUGUCCCCCGUGUCCUCGCUCCGUCAGCAGAUCCUGUCCCUGCGGCAAGACCAAGUCGUCUUUGCCGUGCACAGAGGAAGUGUCACCGUGCGGCGACACGUGCGACCGUCGUCUGUCGUGUGGGAAACACACCUGUUCAAUGAGAUGUCACAGAGGGAGCUGUGAGACCUGCAGACAGGAGGUGGAGAAGGAGUGCAGGUGUGGUAAAUACAGGAAGUUUAUGCCGUGUCAUAAAGAAUACCUGUGUGACUCCAAAUGUCCAAAAACCAGAAGCUGCCAGAGACACCAGUGCAGGAGGAAGUGUUGCCCUGGUAACUGCCCUCCGUGCGACCAGAGCUGUGGUCGGACUCUGGGGUGUCGCAACCACAAGUGUCCCUCCGGCUGUCACCAAGGUAGUUGUUAUCCCUGUCCGGAGUCGGUGGAGGUCAGGUGUACAUGUGGUUCCACCGGUUUGGCCGUCCCCUGUGGGCGAGAACGGAGCACCAAACCGCCUCGCUGCAAAGAGACCUGCAGGAGUCCUCCAUCCUGCCACCACCCGACCAGAGAGACCCACCGGUGCCACCCCGGGCCCUGCCCCCCCUGCAGACAGCCCUGCCUGCUGCGGCUGCCCGGCUGCAGCCACACCUGCCCGCAGCCCUGCCACGACCUGGUGCUGGUCAAGUCCCAACAGGUGCAGCUGGCGGGUCCGUGGGAGCAGCCGUCUGAACCAGCCUUUGUGAAGAAAGCUCUGCCCUGUCCGCCAUGUCAAGUACCGAUACCAACAGCCUGUUUUGGGGAACAUGAGGUCAGCCCGGUGCCGUGUCAUCGUCGGGGGCGGUUCUCCUGUACGCGACCUUGUGGACGACCUUUGACCUGCGGAAACCACGACUGCAGCAGGGAGUGCCACCUGGUUACCAACGGCAACAAGUGCGAGGUGUGCGACGAGGCCUGCUCUAAGCCCCGCCCCCCCGGCUGCCCCCACACCUGCUCCCGCCCCUGUCACCCCGGCGGCUGCCCCCCCUGCAGCCAGAUGGUCCGCCAGCGCUGCCACUGCAAGAUCAGCAUGCUCUACGUGGAGUGCACGAAGUUGACGGCCGCUGAUGAUCAGACGAAGCAGCAGCUGGGCUCCUGCCACAACCAGUGUCCUAAAGAGCUGAGCUGUGGUCAUCGCUGUAAGCAGGUGUGUCAUCCAGGAGUGUGUGAGGAGAAAUGUCAACAGAAGGUGAAGCUCAGAUGUCCCUGCAAGAGGAUCAAGAAGGAGUUUCCGUGCUCUCUGUCUGAUCAGUACGUUCAGUGUGACGAGGCCUGCAGAGACCAGCAGAAGAAAGUCAGCCAGCUGAAGGACGCGCAGCAGAGAGCAGCUCAGGAGGAGGAGCAGAAGAAACUUCAGGAGGAGCUCGAGGCGUUCGAGAAGCGUCAGCAGCGAGGAGGGAGGAGGAACAAGAAGCGGGGGAGGAAGGAGGAGGUGGACGACGAGGCGGGGAGGGCGGCGAGGUGGUGGAGGAGGUGCGCCGCCUUCGUCCUCGUGCCGCUGGGUGGAGCUCUGCUGUCGGCCGCCGCCUACUACCUCCUGAACACGCCCUGAACUCACGUUAAUACGAACACGUUCUCUCACAGCCACGAGUUCAAUUUAAUUCUGUCGUCUUAUUUCAAGUUUUUGUUUUCUGAUUUAUUCUCGAUUGUUUCUGUAAUUUAAAUUUAAUUCUCGAUUGUUUUUGUUGUUUUUUUUCGAGGUAGAAGUAGUUUUAGUUUCUUCCUGCUGGAAGUUCGACGGUUGAUCUGAGUUUCUGUACCGAUGCUAAAAAACAAGACGUAAAACUUUAUUUUAAAACAUUUUUAAAUCGAACAAUAAAAUGAAGUCAACGGUGUUAAUUUUCUGAACUGGAGCUGCAACAGAGGUUUAAUUUCAUUAUUGAUUAUUCAGUUAUUGGAGUCGUUUAUCCAAUAAAACAUUACGUUGUUAGAAUUUAUUAAAAACUGAUGAUUAUUUUUUCAGUUUGGACAAAAUUCACAAUAAAUAUCAUCAAAUGUUUUAUCUUGUACGAAGUGAAAGUCGUGAAUUCUCUCAUUUGAGUAACUGAAACCAUCACGUUCUGUAUUUUCUGUUGAUUGACGAAUAAUGGACCAAUCGUUGCAGCUCGAGUCUGAACACAAGUUUUAAAAGCUUCAUCAGAAACCGACAGCAGUGAGUAAAUAACUGAUACAUCUUCAGUAACUGAAGCUAAAGCUGAGUGAACGAGAACAUCUUCUCCUGUAUUUAAAUAAAUGAAAUCAGAUUUGACUGUUGGCUCAACUGGAAACAUGAACGAGUAAAAUCUGAAUUGUUUGUGUGCAGCAGAAACAAUAAACAACAUAAAAAACA